AUGGCUAUCAACACAGAUGCAGAGUUUGAGAAAGCUACCCUGGGCGAGAGUGGACCUACGCAGCCCGCGGAAUCUCAGGAGACGGAGAAACUUCUCAGCGCCGCGACCACCGAACCUGGCGGGGGAAACGGCAUGAAGCUCUCCAGCUCCUUCACAGUCAAUAUGGGGAGCGAGAAAUCUCCGGAUACGGACCAAAAUGGGCACAGCGUCCCACUAAGGUCGGGCUCCGCGGGCCAGCUCGGGGGCGCCCCUCUCUCCCCGUCCCGCGUUAGUUUAAGCCGUACUUCAUCUACAGGGAAUGCCGCUCAGGAACUACCGAAACCCCGAGACUAUCUCCUCCUGGUGAUAUUCUCCUGUUUCUGUCCGGUCUGGCCCGUCAACAUCGUCGCACUGGUGUAUUCAAUUAUGUCUAGGAACAGCCUGCAGCAGGGUGAUGUGGAUGGAGCCAGGAGACUGGGGCGCCUCGCCCGACUCCUCAGCAUCGUCUCCAUUGUCCUGGGUCUGGUGAUCAUCAUCGUCUACGUCGUCGUCACAAUGAUGUCUUAGAGAUAUAUUGUCUGUGGAUCCAGAAGUGAAACAGGCAUGGUCGUCCACCCCAAAUCAAUAUUUGUGAAAGAAAAUGGAAAACGUGACAUGAAAAAAGCCUUCUGGAAAUGGCAGGGAGAUGCAGUCCAGUAGAGGAGGAUGUGACCAACUUACAGAUUUAACAGCUAAUGAAAAGAGCAAAAAAAAAAAACCCUGCAUGCAUUCAUUAUCAUCCACCUGGAGAAAAGGAAACCCCUGCAUUUAUUAUCAUUCACUGGGAGAAGGUGAAACCCGUGUAAGAAGUAACAGAGCAGACUUUAAUGAACUCAGUUUUGUGUGGUCUGAAAGGUGCAGAACAUUACCCCAGUACAUCUGAAGACGGAACCAACCAGGACGAAAGACAGAUCUUCACAUCAAGGCUAAGAUUCAGACCACAAAAAACUUGGUUGACUCCUUUCAUUCAGAGCAUAUAAUUACACUGCUAUAUUUAGAAUAUAUAUUCUUGUCUAUUUUUUAAAAGGUUUGUACGCAGAGUUGAGAGGCGGUGGGGAGGAGGAACAUUUGUAGAGGAGUGCUGGCUAGAAUGUUGAGUUUAUUAUCUCUCAGGUGGGGAGUCUGAGAGGAGGUUCGGGUGUCUGAUUGCUCACUGUGUACGUUUUGAUGAAAAGAGACCAACUGCAUGCUUUUCCCGGGUGUAUACAAGACUCUGUUUUUAAGGUAUUGCUCAUAUUAUCUGUUAUAUGGAAUCAGCACAAACACAUACGGCUGGUGCUCAGGUCUGGAUGGCAUAUUGUACAUGUAUCUUUGCUGCUGAAAGUCUGAUGUACUAGUCCUACUUGGGACCCCCCCUUCCCUGAGAGAGGCCUGGGGUGUAAAUGAUGUGCAUGCCAACCCCUCUUUCUUCGAUUUGCUAGAACUGGAGGCACACUUCCUCUCUCUCUGACUCUCCUAUCCACUUCCUGUUAUCCACUUCACUGGAAGUUGUGUAUGCCACAUAGAA